AUGCAAAGUUGGGAGCUCAAGGCUGGCCAACUUACGGUCUUCGACCUCUCUUUUACUUGCGCCACCGCCGAGGCAGCAUGCUCGCUAUUCAACAUUUGUCCCUGUCUCUUCCUAGAGAAGAAGGCUGCGGCUGGUCACAUCACCAAAGAUCGAGUCAUGCAUUUCUCAUACGAAAUCAACACUUAA